GUGUAUAUGGUGAGGUAAGCGUAGGGUGGCGCCUCAGUUACCGAGGAGCUGUCAGCGGGGGAACACUGCGCCGCUCGUCCCAGGGAUUCUCGCACUGCUCCAGGGGUCAGGAUGACCAACCCGACGAUGGCACGAGCGGAGGAGGAGGGCGGUGUGAGGGCCAAGGACCUCGACAGGUCGAGGAGGACCACCACGCCUGCCCACCGUCAACUCAGCCACAAUAUAUCCAAGGCUCAGCUCAAGGAGCUGAGGGAGGCAUUCCGGCUAUUCGACAAGGACGGAGACGGGACGAUCACCAAGCAGGAGUUGGGACAGUUCAUGAGGAACCUUGGACAGUUUGCCACCGAGGAGGAGCUCCGGGUCAUGCUGGACGAGAUCGACAUUGACGGUGAGUAGACCGUCUGUUUGUCCCCGUG